UUGUUUGGGUUGAUAACAGAGAGAACUCGCGACUCAUGCUCAACCGACUUGAGAGAGAAAAGCAACAUUUGGAUUUGUAUUCUCGUCGAGUUUACAAGUUUAUUUCUUUGCUGAAUCUUUUUUAGCAGAACAAAACAGCUCUAAAGAACUCUCUCUCAGCUAGAAUCUCGUGAGUUCGUUCUAGGAGCCGGCUCAAGCAGCACACCCAUCGUUGGAUCAGUUCAACGCUCGCAUCAAAACGGUAAAGAAGUGGUUCAAUUUUUAAUCCGAUGACUUUCCAUUUUCCAAAAGAAGUGGUGUGAUUUUGUGUGAUCGUGUGUGUGUGCGCGCGCCUAGACAAGCCGCAAAAUGACGGUAGCUUAUCUAUAUUUGCUAGCAUUACUAGCUCUUUGGACGGUGCCAAAUCCAGGCCACGCAAUGCCUCUUCCGGAGAACGAAGACUCCCCUCUGGUGACGAUUCCCAACUUGGGCACCCUGCAAGGCACGACCACGGUCUCGGCGUUCAGUGGACGGAAGAUCUUGCAGUUUCUCAGCGUCAAGUAUGGCGAAACGACGGCCGGCGAGCAUCGGUUUAAGGCACCCAGGAAGGCGCUGCCCUGGGAGGGAGUACGGGAUGUGUCCCGGUAUGGACUGCCCUGUCCCCAGUUGAAACGGAUUGCGGAGUUCUCCGCCAAGCAGUUUGCGCCCGAUAUUGAGGACUGUCUGACAUUGUCGGUGUAUACAAAUGAGCUCACCGGCAAGAAACCCGUCAUGUUCUUCAUCCACGGCGGCGGCUUCUACGAGGGCUCCGGCGCUAACCAAACGCCCGAGUUCCUGCUGGAAAAGGACAUCGUUCUGGUGGUGAUCCAGUACCGGCUGGGUCCGCUGGGCUUCCUCUCGCUCAAAUCCGAGGGCAUGCCCGGCAACGCCGGAAUGCUGGACAUCAAGCUAGCUUUGGAGUGGGUUCGGGACAACAUUGGCCACUUUGGAGGCGAUUCGGGAAACGUGACCGUGUUUGGUCAAUCUGCCGGGGCUGCGGCGGUAUCGGCACUGAUGUACAGUCCGUUGAUUCCGGACGGGUACUUCCACAAGGUUAUUCUGCAGUCGGGUGGAUCGAGCGCGCCGUGGGUUUGGGACAAGGAUCCGGUGGAGCAUACGUUGGACAUUGCUGUGAGGGCAGGGUGUGAUCCGCAUGGUAAGGUUGGGGAGAGGUCGAUAAUGCCUUUGGGGGAGGCGGAGCGAUGUUUGAGGGAGUUGGACGUUUGGCAGCUGCUGAGAAGCUUUUUGGAUCACAAGAAUGAGACGACGGUUAUGAAGGGGAAUUCUGAAGUUGGUGGUAAUCGGUUGACCGUUGGGGACUAUCAUGGAUUCUUGCCGGAAACGCCUUGGGACCGGAUUAAGGCUGGGAAGAUCCGGCGGAACCUGCCCAUGAUGGCUGGAGUGGUUAAGCACGAGGGAACGUUCCUGUUGACUACGAUUUAUGAUGUUCUUAGUCGGAAGGGGUUACUCGAGAACGAGAAUUACUUGAAGUAUCAACUGGUCGAGAUGAUCAACAAGUUUUUGGGAGCUGGAGAUCCUACCGGAGCCAUGGAGGGAUUCCAGAUUAGAUCGUUGUUCACUCCGGAGCAAUUGGCCAGUGGAAAGUUUGAAGAGUUGGUUGAUGGACUGAACGAUCUCGCUGGAACCAUCCUCAUCAAGGCACCUCUCCUCCGAGAAGCUCAAGCGUCUUCCCGGGUCAACCCGGAAGGAACCUUCCUGUACUCGUUCGAUUACGAAGGCGAGAAGACCCGAUUCGGAUAUGGGGCGGACACUGCGCACUAUCCCUUUGAAGGAGGUGUUCAUCACUCGAAUGACCUGCUGUACGUGUUUCCUUAUCCUCCUGGGGAGCCUAAGCUGAAUGAAGCCGAUACCAAGGUGGCCAAGCUGAUGGUAGAUCUGUGGACCAGUUUUGCCGCGACCGGAGUUCCCUCGAGUGACCUCGCUGGAGUGCAGUGGAAGCCGAUGAAGGAUUACGCUGGACCGUACCUUCACAUCAACCAGGAACAACGCAUUGGCUCAAACUUUUACGAAGAAUUCUCCGUUUGCAGCGACGAAAAGAAGAAAUCCCGGAAAUAAACUUUAAUUGGAACAUUUUUAGAAAAUUUUAUGACCACGAUUUUAGAGAUAAAAAGUAACGAGAUAUCAAA